UCGCAAAUAGCAAAAUAUAUCUCCUUUAUGCGAAGCACACUACAGAGUCGAUCGGAGGCGGCGGUGCUGUUGCUUGAGUAGCUCUCUCCGCUCUUUGUCGUAAUACUCUUGGCGCGACUUGAUGUCCGAGUUUUGAGGUAGGUCGUGGAUGGACACGGUCAAGUUGUACCUGGAUUCGCCGGGGCCGUAGCCAAACACUCCAAUGUAUAGCGCCAUGUGCUUGGCGUGUCGAGGAAAGUCGGGAAGGUAUGUCGGCAGCGCAACGUGAUCGUUCCCGGGGUUUUGUGCAAUCCAUGACGAUUUGCCCCGCUGGGGCAGUGGGUUGUCUGCGGACAGGUACAUGUUGGCGUCGCCCGUGAUCGACGUCAGGUUGAUGUGGACAACGUGUUGGUGCUCGUGUCGCGCAAUGCAAACUUGAUAAAACAUGUACUCGUCUUCUAAGACUGUGUUGUUGAAUGCCAUGUGGGGCAAGAGUCGGGAGCCACCGCCAACGACCGUCUGGGAGAUCGAUUGCUCCUCCAGAGCAAUGGACGAGUCAGCCAUCAAGACAAACUCGUCGAAACCUGUGCACCAGUUGGCCGCUUCCGUGUCCUCCUCCAUCGCAGGUGUCGCGACGGCAGGAGUAAGGCUCCAUGAAGUGCUUGUCAGAAGGCAUACCACGGCGGAGGCGAACUGCACGGACCGUCGCGGCCGCACCCGCCACCUUCGCCCCAUCGAAGACGCAGAAAACCGCUGUUGCACAAUUUGAGCAUUUUUCUGAUUUAUUCCGAGGAGUCAGUCACUCCAUGAAAGGUCGUGAAGUCGAGGCGUCUUCGCUGGCAGUCGCGCUCAACACGAGUCGACGGCACCACGAUGACUACAUCCAACUGGACUACGCCCGAUUUCGAGGCCCCCACGACGCCGACAUGUCGGCCUCGCUCGUGUUUAUACGUCCGGUGGCUGGUUCGUCUCCGUGGAUCGAGGCAUGGAAAGUUGCAAGUUCGUUUCGACGUUUCAAGUUUGAUUCGUCCACCGCGAGGAACGCGACUCGGUCCAGACAACACGGUGCGCAGGCUUUCGCUCGAAGGAACUUCGCGACGUGAGUUGGUGGAACGGGAUGAGAUGUGAAGGGGACCAAAAGUACCGCACGAGAUCCCAACGACAAGGGAGCAGCGCGCCGUUGCGGGGAUGCUGGACGUCGGCAUUUCUGUUCAGAAAUAAGGUUGCCCACCGUCGACAUGGAACGUUUGAGGGCGAUUGAUACUGUUCGAGGAUCAUAGCAAAACUGAUUCAAGUGCUGCGCGCGUUGAAUGCGACGUCGAGCUUUGAAGUGCAUGGAACGCGCUGAACGCAAAGGACAACCGUGCGAGGUGGCUCGUGGCAAUUAAAUAUGGCAAUGUCUACCCUUUGCUGAAGUUACGACAGAAAGUACUGGAGCAGCUCAAUGUCGUGCGCCUCGAGCAUCGUGUCGUCCGGGACACUCCACGAAAACGUACUUGCGGCGAAUACCUGGUCGUCCGGGCUGUUGGGACUUCGGCACCAUGGUUGGUGGUGGUGCGUGGCAGGUGUCUGGAUCAUCACGUGCGGUUCUCUCGCCUCGACUCGUCGGGGGUCUCGUCGACCAGCGUGCUUCGAUAUGGGCUUAGAUUCUGCGGGUUGCGUCGGAGUCGCAACGAGUUGACAAUUCGGCAUCGGAGGGCGACGGGCGAAAUGUUAAAAUGGCGAUGCGCGCGCGCGCGGGAUGUGGUGCUCGCCUCGUCAACCUCGCCAGACCGUCGUGUAGUCGUAAU